ACUGUUGAAUUCUCACAUUUGGUAGCACGGAUCGUCUAAUUUUCUUUUAUUCGGACCACUAUUUUUGUUUGACGAUCCUCCACAUUCAGAUAAUCACAGAUUCACAUGUAUGCAAGAUGCAUACAUUUAUUGAAAAGGAUAUUCAAAGCUUCUCUCUGUCUUAACGGAUAACGCGGAAUGUGAUAAAACAAGACUUGCACGAUACACGGAUCUGAUCAAAAAUGUUUUUUUUUUAACUGGUCCUAAGUCCUAACUUACAGAAAUUAUUGAUCUGUACUGCAUGUCUGCAUCUCGCAUAAGUUUAAUCUAUAUAUAUUAAAUCAUCAUAACCUUUCGUAUGAAACCAGAUAUUCAAAAAUCAUAUAUUUAGAUAAUGACAUGUUACUUAUCCGCUAUCGUGUACAAGAGUGCUCAUAAAAUACAAUACAAUAUGUAAAAGUCUAAGUCAAAUAUGAUUGGUCGACUAUGAGAUUUAAGCGGGGGAACAAACUUUAGCUGUUAAGCAAAGAAAACUUGAAAAAGAAAUGUAUAAAGUACUAUAUAUUAUUAGAGAAAAUUUGAACUUUAAAUCUCCUCUAUAUAAAUACGCACACAAGCUCUCAAACUUAUAAUCGAAACUCCCAAACAACACAAAACAUGGAAAAGUUACUAGUUAUAACUCUGCUACUGAUCUUAAACUCAGUUGCCACUUCACAACCCGUGACCGAUCCGGUGGCUUUCCUCCGAUGUCUGGAACGACAGCCGACGGAUCCAGCGAGUCCGAACUCUGCCGUAGCCUACAUCCCAACAAACUCCUCCUUCACCACCGUACUCCGCAGCCGCAUACCUAACCUCCGUUUCGACAAACCCACAACCCCAAAACCACUCGCCAUAGUCGCAGCCGCCACGUGGACACACAUUCAGGCGGCGCUAGGAUGCGCCCGCGAACUCUCGCUUCAGGUUAGGAUCCGAAGCGGUGGCCACGACUUCGAAGGACUCUCCUACACGUCAACCGUCCCAUUCUUCGUCCUCGACAUGUUUAGUUUCAGAACCGUCGACGUGAAUCUCACCGACGGGACGGCUUGGGUCGAUGCCGGCGUUACGACGGGAGAGCUUUACUACCGUAUCGCUGAAAAGAGCAACGUUCUUGGAUUCCCGGCGGGUUUAUGUACAACAUUAGGCGUUGGUGGACAUUUUAGCGGAGGAGGAUACGGGACGAUAAUGAGAAAGUACGGAUUGUCCGUAGACAACGUUGUCGGCUCUGGGAUUGUUGACUCCAACGGGAACAUAUUCACCGACCGUGUUUCAAUGGGAGAAGACCGUUUCUGGGCGAUAAGAGGAGGUGGAGCGGCCAGUUUUGGCGUUGUGCUAGGCUACAAGAUCCGGCUUGUUCCCGUGCCGGAGAAAGUUACGGUCUUUAACGUCGGAAGAACCGUCGCAGAAGGAGCGGUUGAUCUUAUUAUGAAGUGGCAGAGUUUUGCUCAUAGUACAGACCGAAACUUGUUCGUGAGGCUUACGUUGACUUUGGUCAACGGUACAAAGCCUGGUGAAAAGAUGGUUUUGGCCUCUUUCAUUGGGAUGUAUCUAGGCGGGUCGGAUAAGACUUUCAACGUGAUGAACCGGGAUUUCCCUGAAUUAAAGCUCAAGAGAACCGAUUGUACUGAGAUGAGAUGGAUCGAAUCGGUUGUGUUCUGGGCCGGUUUUCCAACCGGUACACCGAUUUCUGUACUACUAAACCGGACCGUGACGAAUAAGGCGUUUCAUAAACGAAAAUCGGACUAUGUGAAACGUCCAAUUUCGAGAAUCGGUCUCGGUUUAAUACUCAAAAAGUUGGUGGAGGUUGAGAAUGUCAGAAUGUUUUUCAAUCCGUAUGGAGGAAGAAUGGGUGAGAUACCGAGUUCGAGGACACCGUUCCCACAUAGAGCAGGCAAUUUGUACAAGAUCGAGUAUCUCGUAAGCUGGUCGGAAGCUGGAGAGGACGUGGAGAAGAAUCAGUUGGCACGUGCCAGAGAGAUGUAUGAAUUCAUGAGUCCGUACGUGUCUAAAAAUCCGAGGGAAGCGUUUUUUAACUACCGAGAUCUUGACAUAGGGUCGAGUGUGAAUUCCACGUACGAGGAAGGUAAAGUCUACGGGGUUAAAUAUUUCAAAGACAAUUUCGAGAGGUUGGUUGAUAUUAAAACCUUGAUCGAUGCUGAAAACUUCUGGAAGAACGAACAAGGUAUACCGGUUCGAAGGUAAUAAGUGCGACAUGAGUGUUGUGGGAUUUGUGACAUGUAUUUAAGUUUUUUUUUCCAAGCAAAUAAAGCAAGAAACAUGACGACCAAUAUAUAUUGUUAUGAACAAAAUCAGCAUAUAUACCUAUUAAAAAUAAUGCUCCCUUCAAGGGUAUUUGUUUGU